AUGAACAUCCUAGCGACCCGUCAUCCAGCAGACAAAGACCACGGUUUAAUGAAGCUAGACGAGCCUAGCGCUCCUUACCACAGUAUGGCAGCUGAUGAUGAAGAUGCAUUGAGUGAUUCAGAAACCACUGAAGCCCUGACCCCAGAUAUCUUAGCUCGGAAAUUAACUGCUGCAGCUGCUGAAAGCUUGGAACCAAAGUAUCGAGUUCGUGAACAAGAAAGCAGUGGAGAUGAGGAUAGGGAACUCUCACCUGAAGAACGAGAAAAAAAGCGACAGUUUGAAAUGAAAAGGAAGCUUCACUACAAUGAAGGACUGAAUAUUAAGUUAGCUAGACAGUUAAUCUCAAAAGACCUAAAUGAUGAGGAGGAGGAUGAAGAAAUGUCAGAGACUGCAGCUGGAGAAAGCAUGAAUAUGGAAGAAUCAAGUCAAGGAUCUGCUACAAGUGACCAACUGCAAAACAAAUCACAGAGUUCAUAG